AUGGGAUGGCUACGCAAUAGCUGUGAACCUCGCCGACGAUUACUGCGUUCAGAGCGUCAGGGCGCAUGCAGCCCGUUAUCACAAUACCAUACUUCAUCCCGCCUGCCUAGGCCCAGUGGCCCCAGCCGUGUUAGUGACGCGCUCUUCCAGUGGAACUAUGAGCAAUCUGUCUUCUCCAAUAUGAGUAGUGCAGGCGAGGUUUCGUUGGAUUUCGAUUUCCCCCAGAACUCUUUGGACGUCUUUACAUUUGCGAGAAUGAUCAAGUCGAUGGCUAGAUCCAAAGCAAUGACUGCUACAAAAAUUCCUGAGAGUGGAGGAGGUUGA